AUGUCUGGAUUUUUGUUUGCCGGAUGUUCUGCUGCCGCUGCCGCCGUUCCUGUCCAUCCUGCUGCUUUGUCCCCGAGCUCAACCUUGCAUCCAGCUGCGUGUCUCGCCCUACACACGAUUGAAAAGUCUCUUUCGUCAUUCGUCAUCCACAACGCUCGCUCGCUCUUUUUCUGCGAUCCCUGUGCGACACCCGACAGGCAUCCUUGGUGA